AUGACCGCCCAACUGAAGCACCACCACCACAAACACAGCAGCCGCAAUUUCAUGAACAACAGCGUGUUUAUCAAAAUUUACUUUCAUUUCAACAACCAACAGCAGCAGCAACAACAACCAGCAACAGAGGCACUACUCUUAUCGCCUGAUAGAGUGUCUGAUCGCAUAGUUGAUGCCUGCAACAACAAAACCAUGCACACUCAUGACGAUAAGGCUGGUCACCAAGGUGAUGAUUAUUCUGACGAUGGUGUGGAUAUCACCUCGGAUGAAGGUGAUAACGAACCUGGUGACAAUGAUUCACGAGUUAACCAGAGCAAUGUUGGAAGACGCACUACCGUAAAGAAAAAAACUGCUACUCAGUAUUGUAGCGAAAACAAGAUGAUCAAACGUGACAAAAUAGUCAAAUCCAAAAAAGAUUCUCGUAAAAUGAAAGAAAGUGUUCAAAAUGUUAAAAAUAGUUCCCACCAUCUCAUUUUGGCUUUCUUCGGCUUCAUUGUGCUGCUCAACUCGCUGGCUAUCACAGCAUUCUGGAGUUGGAAAACACCAGCUGAUAAUCGGAGCAAUGAUGAUCAGUGGCUCUGGUGGUGA